UUCCAGGGUCAGACACUCGCCGGCAGCUCCGCCACACAGUCCACUGAGCCUGGAGGAACUUUGUGUGUGUGUGUGUGUGUGUUUAUAUGUGUGUGUUUAUGUGAGUGUGGAGCGACACUUUAAAGUAAGAAAAGUGAGAGUCGAGUCUGUCUCGCGCCACGUCUGUGUCUCGUUUCGGGGAAGUUGCCUUUCUCUGAACAUCUGUGAACCUCUGCCUUCAGGCUCGCGCUCCGGCAGCGUAGAGAGGAAAGUACGUGUUCCGCUUUAGACUGACUCACUGGCAGACACACACACGCUCAUCCACCCAGACAGCUGCGUGUCUCCCUCCGUGUCUGCCGGGCCCCGGGGCUGGAGGAGCAGCUGAUCCGGGCCACCGCCACUGUUUUCCGGCUCCCGUCAGGUGAAAGGCGUGGCGCUGGGCGUGGGCGGCUUUGUUUCAACAACACCUGAGAGAGUUGUAACCGGAGAACUGGGCAGAGCUGGAGCCCGCCCGGGUUGGGGAGCUGAUAGCGGUUUAUUUGCCUCAGAGGAAAAUAUCUUCCAGCGGUCUGGUUUGUUCCAGGGCACGAAAUCAAUAUGGACCGUAAUGACAGAUCGCACUUCUUCGAGGUUUGACCCCCCGGACGCAGAGUGGAAACUGGGUCAAAGUGGUUUCAGUCUUUAACUAUUUACUGACCGGUGGGUUUACUGGGGGUCAUGGCUCUAUCUCAGAUCCAAUGCCUGGACGAUCACCACGUCAACUGGCGCGUCAGCGAGAGCAAACCAGAGUUUUUCUACAGCGAGGACCAGAGGCUGGCCCUCGAGGCUCUCGUCACCGAGGGCCGCGACGCGUUCGCUGAAUGCAUCCGCAAGCAUGGCGUCCGGGAGUUCCUUUCGGAACCGGAGCUGGAGCGGAUUGUGCACACGGCGGAAGCAUACAGGCCCGGAUACGAGCAUCACCAGAGACCCGAAACGCCAGGGCCGGGAAACACAACCCCGGGGCCCUGGGAAGAGACUGGAGACGGUGAGGUGUCUCUUGAGUAUUGGCCGGACCGGUCUGAGGCUUCGGUGGCGGAGCUGGACCUGGGCUGGCCCGAGUCUAUCUCAUAUCGAGGGGUCACGCGCGUGACCGUGCACACACAGCCCCCAACCGAGGGGCACACGCACAUCAAGGAGGUGGUACGCAAGAGCAUUGCGUCAGCUCAGAAGGUGAUAGCUGUGGUCAUGGAUGUGUUUACAGAUGUGGAUAUCUUUCGGGACCUGCUGGAUGCAGCCUACAAACGUAAAAUUCCUGUGUACAUAAUCAUCGAUAUGGCUGCAGUGCCCUGCUUUCUUUCCAUGUGUGGCAGAGCUGAUAUGCACCGUGGACACCUAAAGAAUCUGCGGGUGCGCUGCUGUGGAGGCGUGGAGUUCUUCACACGGUCAGCACAGAAGGUGCGUGGGUCUCUGAGCCAGAAGUUUCUUCUGGUAGAUGGAGACAGAGCCAUCUCUGGCUCAUACAGUUUUACCUGGUCUUCAUCUCGUCUGGACCGUAACCUCAUCACUGUGAUCACAGGACAGGCGGUGGAGACCUUUGACCUCCAGUUUCGUGACCUUUAUUUCACGUCCAGAAGCGUGUCACUCAGCAAGGUUCCCAUGGCAGACGAACCAGUCCCCGACCCUCUCCCUCAGGCAGCACCCGCUCCUGUGCCGGCUUCUGUUGCAAGGAAACUCAUCAAUCCCAAAUAUGCUCUUGUUGCCAUCGGGACCCACACAAGUCCCACCUCAUCUGACCAGAACUCCAGCAACAAGAACUCCCAGAAGCCCACAGGGCUCAAAGUGAUGAAAGGACGGCUGAGGGAAGUUAUCGAAGAGCCCCCUAUACAUCCGGGAUUAGCCAGUCUGGAGAGAGCAUACCUGAUCCCGUACCUGCCCACCUGGCCUGAGCCAGAUCCACCAAGUGACGUGAUUGGCUUUAUCAACAUCAGGGAUGAUAAGCGGGCCAAUCAGGUUCACUUACAGAGGUCGGAGAGGUUUGAGAUUAGUCAGGCUAUACGUUUCAGCUCACCACUUUUACAACCAGCCCAGACUGAGGAACCUGCUUCACAUCCGGCUGCAACAGCUGAAGGAACGGCUGAAAACCUUACUGGGAAUACAAGCCCGAAAGUUUCAACUCCUGUGAGUCCAACUGACAAACCGCUCACAUCGCCCACAGCUCCCAACACAGACCAACCCGAUUCCCCUGAACAACCCAACACAUCUCCAGCGCAGGAUACACACAAACCAACUGCAAACACUUCCACAUCACCAUCUAGUGUUACUGCUACUUCACAACCAACAGAAAAGGCUGCAGAACCACCAGAGACACAACCUGUAGCACCUCCUGUUCCUAAACGGCGCACUCUGCAGCUAGUCAUUGAACCUGUCUCCUCAGAGAAACCUGGUGAUACACUGGUCACUCUGGUAAAAAUGGACCAACUGGAGAGUGUAGAGGGCUCAGUUAACAAAAAGAGAACCCAGAAAGUGCUGACCCCAGGACGCGGCCGCUUAACGUCAAAGGAUCACAACCAGGACUCUGGCAGCAACGAUGAGGGCAGCCAAGACAGCACCAAGGUCAACUGUGACCGAGCAGCCAAUGAGCAGCCUUCGAGCAACUCCACAGCAUCAGAUGAGGAGUUUUAUGAUUGCUCACAGCCAGAGCCUAUUAACCCGUUAACCAAUGGAGUGACGACAGGGUCCGGCCGAGGACUUCGCCAAGGAGAUGGGUUCAACAUGAUGGCCCGCUUCUCUCAGAGCAUGCUGGACCUGCGGGAGCCCAGCCAGUCAGAAGACAGCGCUGCUCUCAUUCGCCAAUCACAGCAGCUGCGCAGACAGGAGCACCUUUCCCCACACAGGCACAUAGGACAGUUGUUUCAGACCUCGAGAUCUCCGGGUCGUGAUGCAAGAGCGAGAGGACCAACAGUAGUUCUUGCCAAACCAGGAAGUUAUCAUCGGCCCACCCGAGCAGCUGGCCCAGUGAUAGGAGGACACCGCUACUGGCAGGGCCAAAUGCUCCAGCCCGGCUCGACCCAGCUGCGGGUAGAGACCCGCUCUGGGCGGUCACCAAGACGGCACAGCCCCAGCUACAAGAAGGCAGCCAACACGUCACCGCAGCCGCCAGCCAACCAGGCGGGGUUACUUGGAAUGUCUUUCUCAAAACUCAACACUUUCAAACAUUUGAGAGCACGAGGGGGAGCGCAGCAGAAGAAAGCGUCUCAGAAUAAUAAGGCUGCUAGGUAGAUCUAUGCAAGGAUGUUAAUGCUUCAUUGUGGAAUUUUUUUUUUUUUUGUUUUAAUCUUCUUGUUUGGAAGCCCUGAAGCACGGCAUACAAGCUCUGCUUUGCUGAGAUGUUUUGGUGUGAUAUUCUGGAUGGUUUCAAAUGAGUGCCUGACCAAAAAAGGAAGUUUACUGACGUUUUUGUAAGGAAAUAAACUCUGAUAAUAACAUAUUGGUGUUUGUGUUUACAACAUGCAAAACAAGAUAGCAUGCAUUCAUGCAUUCAGUGAUCCGAGCUUUUUUUUAUGGUACUGUGUUUGGUCAGCUGUGAUUCUUCUCUUGACACCUCGUGCUCUUCAGAUUUAAAAACAGUGCUUUGAACAGAUCCUUCUGAAUUACCUCAACUGCUGUAUUGUACCGUGCAAUGUAUCUGUGACAUGUAAGAUCAGAUCGUGUCUCCGCACAGAUACAAUGAGGCUCUAGUGUUAAUAUGACUGGAAUUGGUUUCUGAUGGUGAGAGGACGUUGCUUUUAAAUCUUUGGCAGACUUCCCUGAUUACCUUUGCAAGACGUAUGAACAUGUGUGAAAAAAACUGACAUGGGACCAAAAAGUGAAUGUUGUAAAUAAAAAGACAGACAUACUUGCCCCAUUGCUUUGCUUCAACCAGCACCAGCAUGCUAUCUUGUUUCACAUAAAUCAUUAGUUCAUUUAAAAGUGCCACCGUACUAUAUAUACACACACAUUCAAGGAAGCUUACCACACUGAAAAUGAAAACCUAUUUCAAGCAUGCAAAUGAUCUGGAAAUCAUCCAUUGUAAAUGAUUAUGUACGAACACACUGAGGUAUUUAUAGGUAUGUCUGCUUUUGCUUCCUGCUUUGGAGAAAAAUAUAAUUGUAGUUUCUUGGUUUCUGAAGGGAUUUUUGUAGCCUGGGUUUGGCUCAAAAGCAGCAUCUGGGCAACAGGGUGCAGCCUGACUUUUCUUCUUUUUUGCUGAGGUUUGGGGAUGCAGUGACACUAGUGGAAUAGAGUCUAGUUGGUUACAAGUAUUCUGCCAUCAUUAUUUGGGAAGAGAAAGAAAAACAAAUGAUGAUGGAAAUGUCACAUUAGCCACAAUAACUGUACUGUAGUUACAGUUCACUUUCUCUGACCUAGGAACAGAACUUUUUCAAGGGAUUUGCACAUUUCCAUUUCUAUGUUAUGGACUUGAAGACAUUUUGUAUGCAUUCAUUUUCCAAUCUUGCUAUUUAAUGUGAUGAAUUAAAAAAAAAAAAAUUGAAACAUUUUGUAUUUUUGCACUGUUACCUGGAUAUAGUCAGGUUUUGGAAGUGCAGGGGUGACCAAUUAAUUUUCCCAAAGGGCUACCGGACUAAUAAGCUUAUAAAGCGAUAAAAAAAAUUUUUUUAAUAUUGAGUAGAAAGAGCUCAGCUUAUUUCAGAGGCCCUCCACAACAGUCCCAGUUUCUCAUGUGGGAAAAUUAAUUACCCACCCCUGUCCUAAAACUCUGGUGGUUUCUCCUUAAUUUGUGUGUAUAAAGUUGCUUCAAAAUG